AUGGAUAUUCAACGCCGAUUUCCUGACGUGCAUUGGAUCUGGGGCGGCGGCAUAUCUUUCGUAGAGAGAGAGCAAUUCCAGAAAGAACUCAAGAUCUACGAGAUUUUCUCGCGGCAUCGCCCUUGCCCAUACAUAGUACAGUGCUUCUUAUACACAGACAAUAGCAUUUUCCUUGAAUACAUGAAAGAUAUAUGUCUUUCCGCCCAGAUACAGAAUAACCAUAUUCGAGACCAAGAGACAAUGGCGGUCACUAAAAUAAAUGACCUGGCGCAAGCCGUUGCUUACCUUGAAUCGCUCAACCUCGCUCAUAGUGACUUACGACCAGAAAAUAUUCUUCUCGAUCGCGACCGGCUGAAACUGUCCAAUUAUAAUUGCACAGUGGAGAUUGGGACAGACUUUAAAGCUUGCUUGGCCCCAUAUAAAAGAUUGCUCAAUAGCAGCGAAACAGACCAAGGACCACGUGGAACCUCUAGCUUUCUAGGCCCUCAGACAAAGCAGUUCGCACUGGGAUCCAUAUAUUAUCUAAUAAAUUAUAGUUUCGAGGUUUAUGACAAUCAAUGUCUUACAGACGAUCCCCAUAAGCAUGGACCUAAGGUCGUGGAUUCACUGCAGAAUAUAGAAUUUCCGGGGUUAUAUAGCGAUCCGCUGAUCGACGAUAUUAUCGACAAUUGCUGGCACAAUAAGUAUGCCACGGCUGCGCAAUUAGCUACAAAGACAAAUAGCUUCUCAAUAAAAAAAAAAAAAACAAUUAAGGAGCCAGGACCUAAUGCCCAAACAGUUUCAGCGACCACCCCGCGGGGGCAACUUGACCUACUAUCGUCAGCUGAACCUAAGCAGCUUGGAUUGACUUUCGAGUGGUAUAGGCACAGCUCCUGA